AUGUAUACUCGUCAGCUGAAGAGAUUGGGUCAAGGAAGACUCAACUUAGCUCUGGCUACAAACCCGACUACUUGUAAGACUUGCGGGAUGAACUAUUAUUCAUAUAUGGAGAAGGACAAUUCGAUUCACCGGAAAUAUCAUGACACUUUUGUCAAUGGGCCACGUUGUGACUUGGAAGGCAAUGGCUCAAAUAAUAGUUGCCGUGAAUUUCGCAUCCUGUUGGGUAACAAAUCCAUGGAAUGUAGAAUGUAUUGCGUAAACAAAAAUAGCCUACGACUAGUAAAGCGAAUAGAGACCUUGUUGGACAUGGUGAAUAAGGAGUUAAACGCUCCAGCCGGUAGUGAGGCUUGGAAAAUCAUAGCAGACGAUAGUGUGGCAGGCCAUGCUUUCGUUGCCGUUAUCGAAAAGAGGAUCGUAGGAUUGUGUGUCACCGAGCCCAUCCACGACACCGCAAAACAAGCCCGGUGGAUGCUCGAUAGAACACAAGAAGUUGUUCCUAAACAGGUCAACAAUAGAGCGAAGGUGGGCAUUUCGCGGAUUUGGGUUGCACCCAAAUGGCGUCGUCAUGGCAUCGCCCAACAGCUUCUUGGAUGUGUUCUAACAGCUCUGAUUUUUGCUAUGACCUUGCAGAAACAUGAUAUAGCAUUCAGUCAACCGAGUUUUGCGGGUGGUAAGCUCGCGCGACAAUUCAAUGGGGUCAAGCAUAAGAGUGGUGAAACAUUAAUCCCUGUGUAUUUAGAGGAAUAA